CACUCUGAAUAGCUAGAUAUUUUAGCCCCAGCUAGAUAUUGUGUGAAUAGCUAGAUAUUUUAGCCCAAUGUCACAAAUCUCUUUCACAGUUAAAGACAAGGAUUGGUUCUUUGGCUCGUGUAAAGAAUCAGACCACAAAAGAGCCGUAAGGGUUUUGUCCUCGUAAGAAUAAAUGAAUGGAUGAAAACAGACAAGGCGGGAAUGGGUUCUUCAAAGGAUAGGUAAUAUUCCAUAUAUAGCUACUAGAGUACGAGCUUGACAUUGUGUGAAUAGCUAGAUUUUUUAGCCGUAGCUAGAUAUUUUAGCCCAAUGUCACAAAUCUCUUUCACAGUUAAAGACAAGGAUUAGUUCUUUGGCUCGUGUAAAGAAUCAGACCACUAAAGAGCCGUUCGGGUUUUGUCCUUGUGAUAAUAAAUGAAUGGAUGAAAACAGACAAGGAAGGAAUGGGUUCUUCAAAGGAUAGGUAAUAUUCCAUAUAUAGCUGCUGGAGUAUGAGCUUGAAGUUGAACCAAACAGGACAAUAUGGUGUCUCUCCUCUCUUUCCCUGUAGUAUCUCUUUUGAUCAUAUACUUAGCAGCCCCAGGGGCAGUAUUAGUCUUCUGUGCUGAGGAUUUCAGCAGACAUGACUUCCCGCCUGACUUUGUUUUCGGCUCUGGGACCUCUGCCUACCAGGUUGAGGGAGCGGCAUUCGAAGAUGGAAGGACUCCAAGCAUUUGGGACACCUUUGCUCAUGAUGGGAAUGCGCAUGGAGACACUGGAGACAUAGCAUGCGAUGGGUACCACAAGUACAAGGAAGACAUACAACUAAUGGUGGAAACAGGACUGGAGGCCUAUAGAUUCUCCAUAGCAUGGUCAAGGCUUAUCCCUAAUGGAAGAGGACCAGUGAACCCAAAGGGUUUGGAAUACUACAACAACUUCAUCAAUGAACUAAUCAGAUAUGGAAUCCAACCACAUGUUACACUGGUGCACUCUGAUCUACCACAGGCUCUUGAAGAUGAAUACGGAGGAUGGAUUAGUCGAAAAGUUGUGAAAGAUUUCACAGCAUAUGCUGAUGUGUGCUUCAGACAAUUUGGCGAUAGGAUUUCGUAUUGGAAUACCUUUAAUGAGGCCAAUGUAUUUGUUUUGGGAGGUUAUGAUGUGGGAUUUACACCCCCAACGCGAUGCUCUCCCCCGUUUGGAAUAGCGAAUUGUUCUAAAGGCAACUCCUCGUCUGAGCCAUACAUUGCUGCCCAUAAUAUCUUGCUGGCUCAUGCAUCGGCUGCAAGUUUGUACAAGAACAAGUACCAGGGCAGGCAAAAAGGAUUCAUAGGAAUAAAUAUCUUUGCUUAUUGGUUUGUCCCUUACACUAAUGCAACAGAGGAUGUUGUAGCAACGCAACGAGCCAAAGACUUUAUGAUUGGGUGGUUUGUCAAUCCCCUUGUAUUUGGAGACUAUCCUGACAUAGUGAAGAAGAAUGCAGGCACAAGAAUUCCAGCCUUCAGCAACCUUGAAUCCAAACAAGUCAAAGGUUCAUUUGACUUCGUAGGUGUUAACCAUUACUUCACAGGUUACAUCAAGAACAAUCCAAACAAACUGAAAAUGGACAACAGGGACUUCAAUGCAGAUAUGGCGGCCGAUAUGAUAUUUGUGCAUGGUGAUACACCACCAGAUCAGUUACCCAUCACAUUCUCGGGUCUGGCUGAAGUUUUGGAGUAUUUCAAGCAAGUUUAUGGCAACCCUCCUAUUUACAUCCAUGAAAACGGUCUACAAACACUACAUAGUUCAACAUUGGAUGACAUGCCAAGGGUGAAGUAUUUGUGUGGUUUCAUCGGGAGUCUGCUUGAUGCUUUGAGGAAUGGAUCAAAUGCAAGAGGGUAUUUCAUAUGGUCCUUCUUGGACGUAUUUGAGUUAUUGGAUGGCUACAAUUCAGCCUUUGGCUUGUACUAUGUGGAUAUGGAUGACAAGGAUUUGAAAAGAUACCCUAAACUCUCCGCGCAUUGGUACUCCAAGUUCUUGAAGGGAAGGGCAAUCAAUCCGGAUGCCGUACUUGAAUUUGAGACUAUUUCCUCUAUUUCUCAAACUCGCUCUUCCCAGUAGUUUGUUUUCUUUUGGCACAAACUGCAUUGUUACUGUUUUCAACUGAAUGUCUGUAAUGUGUAUUUGGCAUGUAACAACAAUGCUCUAUUUCUAAUGGUUGCGAGAGAGUCCCAAACUGUUAGAAUUUAUGUUUAUUCGGUCUCAACGUUA